GAAAAUAUGAAACCCAUUAGCAUUGUCGCCUUAGCCUUACUAAGCUUGGCAGCUUGUUUGGCGAGUAGCUCAGCCGCUGCAAUGCCUGUUGAGGAUGGUCAUCCACUUGUUGAUCCCCAUCUACGCUUACAGCCUGAGGCGAGGCGUCUAAAUAUCAGUGUGUCUAUGCCACUCAAUCAAAAAUUCUUUUUAGGCCCAGAACCGUUAACUUGGUAUGAGGCCAACUAUUACUGCGGCAUGGGCAAUAUGAAAUUGAUUCAAUUGAAUACACCAUCCGUCGAGGCUGAACUGAAAGGUUUUCUUACUUACUAUGGUUUGGAAAGUAAAUUCUAUUGGACUGGCGGCAAUCGUUUUAAUGCCCAAAAAACUUGGGUUUGGGGCUUGUAUGGCUCUAUUUACAGUAACAGCUACAAACACUGGGCUCUGAAUGCACCGAGCAACAAUACGGACAGUGAAAAUUGUUUGGCCAUCUGGGGACAAUCCAAUCUUUGGUAUACGCUCAGUUGUGAUGUUGAGUAUGAUUUUAUUUGUCAGAAGUAAAUUUU